AGCUCUCGCACGCCGCCUCUCGCACUACGACGCUGGAGCGGCCUGUUCCUUCUGUGCCUGGGGCUGGACUGCGCGGUGGCCGCAGCCAGAGCUGGGAGCUAGCGUCUGUCUUGCCGCGGCCCUCGCUACCUGCGCGUGGCCUUGGACUGUUCUCUGCUCUGUGCAGAGGCGGCGGGCUGGGGAGGGAACGGCGCCAGCGUCAGGUUCCCAGCCGAUGGGAAGCCCCUGGACGCGCUGAGGGGCCGGGCUACGAGCGGCCGAGAAAAUGAUGCAUCCUGUUGCCAGCAGUAAUCCAGCUUUCUGUGGGCCUGGCAAACCUUCCUGCCUCAAUGAAGAUGCCAUGAGAGCUGCUGAUCAGUUUGACAUAUACUCUUCCCAGCAAACCAAGUACAACCACACAGUCAGCCACAAACCAAUGGUUUGUCAGAGGCAAGACCCAUUAAACGAAACACACUUGCAGACUACAAGUGGCAGAAGCAUAGAGAUAAAAGAUGAACUAAAGAAAAAGAAAAAUCUCAACCGAUCUGGUAAGCGUGGCCGACCUUCGGGAACAACCAAAUCAGCAGGAUACCGGACCAGCACGGGCAGACCCCUGGGAACCACCAAAGCGGCUGGAUUUAAAACAAGUCCAGGCAGACCUUUGGGUACAACUAAAGCUGCAGGAUACAAAGUCAGCCCAGGGAGACCUCCAGGUAGCAUUAAAGCUCUGUCCCGUCUUGCGGAUCUUGGUUAUGGCUGUGGCACUGCUGCUUUUCCUUAUCCUAUGAUGCAUGGCAGAGCAGUUCAUGGGGUAGAGGAAACCAACAGUGAAGUCAAGCCACCCAAUGAGUGAGUGAGGCAGAAAAAGAGGACCAGGUUUAGAAGAUUGUGAAUAAUUCCAAAGCUUCUUGGUUUUAUUUUGACAUACAUUUUUAUGGUCUGGGCUUUUCAAAUUUGUUUUCGUAUUUGAGUUUUUUCCCUGUUUUUGUUCAGAAGCUGCCAUAUGCUGACAGAUGCACUCAGGGCAUGAGCAGUGGCAUUAUAUUUGUACAUAGAUAGGUUCAAGUGUAAUACCUAACAAAGUCAUUUUUGCUUUUCCUUUACAUUACAGUCAUGUCUCAUGUUUCAUUACUACUUUUGGGCCAUUCUAAAUAGAUGCUUUAUGUGCUAAUCAGCUGAAAUCAUUAUACCUAUUAAUUUGUGAAGUAAAUCUACAAUAUAAUAAAGAUACUGUCUAAGGUAUUUUUAACUGAUAGAACAAAAAACAAAUGAUUCAGGAUUACUUGAA